AUGGAGAAGGACAACCCCCCACACUUGGUGACUCCCACAUCAGUCAAGGCUAUUAUCUCAAAGAUUGAGACUGCCCAGCUAAUUCGGACUCAGGAGGAUAUUUCCACCCAGCUCUCGGACAUCUUGGACAAUGUCAAUUGUGCCAUCAAUCGCUUCCAGGAAGAACUGGGAUAUGAUUUAAAAGAAAGGGUGAAGCCUCACCAGCCAGAGCAGAAAGGCAAGAAGAGGUUCAUCCUGCUGGAGAAAAUUAGCUCCUUCUCCAAAGAUGCCCAGGCUAAAGAGAAACACCUGUAUGAGAUCUUCCGCUGGCUGGGUGAAUGGGGUGACAGUCUGACGUAUGAGAUAAAGAACGGGAGGAGUUCGGAGGAAGAGGAAGCCCUAGAUGAAUGGAUCGAGGUGAUAGAGAAGGUGUUGCCUCUCUCCCUUAUCGCCACCAAAGGAGGCAUCGAGUCUCUCAUCUCUCUUUGCUCGACUCUCAUCGAAGACCAAAAGAAAAAGGCACAAAUGUCCAAACAUAACUUCUGGCAUGAUUGGCACGAGAAAAGCCCACAGAAGAAGGAGCAGGGACUCCUCCCUGAGCCGCUGAGCCCGGAGCAGAUGCUCCAGGACAAGAACACCACCUGCUUGAACGUGUCAGAGGUGAGGUCUAUGCUGCAGGAGCUCCUUGAUUCCACCAUGUUCAACAAAGGGGAGAUCAAGGCCAUCAGGUACAUGUCCACCGUGGUGGAGAACCUCAACAAGGCCUUGAUCCUCCAGCACAAGGAGAACAAGAGUCUGGAGUCAAAGUACAAAUACCUGCAGCUGGAGAUGAACAAAGAGCUUAGCACCCAGAGGCUGCAGUUCCAAAAAUCCAUCCAAGUCCUGGAGAGCAAAAGGGAUGCUCUGCUAAGACAGGUAAAGGCGCUGGGAGAUAAAUACCACAACCUCCUCAUGAUAAAGCAUGCCCUGGAAUUCCAGCUGAAGAUGGCUCAUAUGCCUGGUGAGCGAGAACCAGCCAAGGGUUUUGUUGAUGAUCUGGAACUCCCUGAAAAAGAGACCCUUCCAGAGGUGGGUACAGCCCUGGAGGAGGACAAGCAGGAGCCCAAGGAGGAAGGACAGGUGUUUUCAGCUCUCUCCCCAAGUCUCCUGACCAAGGCCUGGGAUAGUGGCACUACACCUGCAGCCCAAAAGCCACUCUCCGACACGGCCACAGAUUCGAAGAGGCAGGACGUGUUCACUGACCGCAAGGAGGCCCUGGAGCCGGUGCUGCUUCACUCAGAGCUCCCCCAGAUUCCUAUACAAUGGGAAAAACCAGCGGACAAGGAAGGCAAAGACCAGGGGGACCACAUCCAAGAGGAGGAGGGAGUUCAAAGCAAGCCCCAUCCUGAGAAGUCCCUGUCCCCGGGGAGCACCAGGAGGAUGCUUUUGGAGAGCCACAUGGGGCACUGGGAGGAAGAACUCAGCUGGGAGACAAGGAGGCAGCAAUGGCUGCAGGAGGAAGAGAUGUGGCUCCAGCGGCAGAAGAAGUGGGCCCUGCUGGAGCAGGAACACCAGGAGAAGGUGCGGCAGUGGGAGGCAGAGGCAGCCGCCAGGCAGCAGUGGCAGAGACUCACCCAGCCAGAAGAGGAAAAGCAGAGCCCCAGGAAGGAGCAGAAGGCAAGUUCGGAGAAGAUGAUCUUCACAACCACCAGUCGGUGGAAGAACUUGAAGAAGUCAGAAUCAGCAAUGGUGACUCCCCACUGCCGGGCCCAGUCUGCUCGUCAAAGUAAGUCGUACAUACUCACAUCCCCACAUCCCCAGCAGCCCGGGCAGGGGAUCCAGAGGACUCUGUGUUCAGCUGAGUUUAUGCAAACACCACGGACCCGCCAGGUUUCUGCUAAGCCCAAGAAAUGUGCCUCCUUCCCCUUCACUGGGACAACCAUCCGAAGGGUGACCCGGGCUGCCUCUUUGCAGAAAGCCCUGGGGACACCUAAGGACAAGGUCUACCAUAUAGAUAUGGAGGCCCAGCUGAAGAACUUGCAGCUCCUGGGUGGUUCGGAAUCAGAGCUGGCGCUGCCACAGUACCUGCGCAGCAAGGCCCUGGAGGUCACUGCCGUCGCCAUGGAGUUGAGCAUCCUCAGGCUGCAGUACCUAUGCAAGAAGUACAUCUACUACAGACGCUUCCAGGGCCUCCGACAAGAAGUGAUGAAACACAUAGGAACCAUCCGACAGAUGAGAAUUACCUAUAAGGCCCAGAACCUCUAUACGUUCCUGGAGAAUAUUGACCGCCAGCAGAGCCUCAGGCUACAGGACUGGACAGACAAGCAGAAAGACCUGGAGGAGAAGCACCAGGAGUGCCUGCACAGCAUGGUGGCCAUGUUCCCUAAGCUCCAGCAAGAGUGGAACAUCCACCUGAACAUCCCUGUGCUCACCUCUGUAAAGCCAGUAAAAAGCAAGUCAUCUUCAGUCUUACUUCAGAGAGCCCGCUCCAGCCGCUCCACCACCAAGCAACCUCCUCCACUCAAGCACCGGGAAUCUGUGGCCCUGCGGAUAACUGGCCAACAAGGGAGUCAGAUGGAAGCCAUAUGGAAGGCCGAUGUGGCCUCUUCAAGUCACCCCAUAGAAAAGAAGACCCCUACAAACCUGUCCUGGGAACAACUAGGGGGCUACCCAGAUAUCCCCAGGCUAUUGGCAGUGGAUGAACACCCCUCCUUCCCCAGAAGCUCAAUGUCCCUCAAGGCUCGCUCUUUCAGUGCUUCAACGGUCCAAAGAAAGGAAUGCCAGGAACCCUCGGAGGAGCUAGCUGAGGUUGUCCGAAAAAUGUCCAGCCAGUCACUCCCUGGAUAUACAAAGUCAGAAAGAUCGGGUAACUCCAGUUUCCACUUCAACCCUUAG